CGUGCCAACUCAGUCUGGAAAAACAAUGGGCUCGUGUGGACGACUGGUGGCCGCGGUGGCCGUUCUUUCGGCCGUGGUGGGCCAAGAGGCCGUUCUGCCGGAGGUUUCGUACGAGGACUUCCGACUUUUGAGGGUGCAGGUGGCCGACCAAGCCCAGCUAAAGAGCGUUUUCCGACUCGCGGAUGUCCAGGAAGGGGUGCAAGUGUGGGCCACGCACAACGGCUCGGCGCAAGUGGACCUCCUCAGUGCACCCUUCGCAUGGGACGCUGUCAGAAGUGGCCUCGCUAAUGCAGGCAUCAACUACUUUGUCAUGAUUGAAAAUCUCCAGGAUUCGAUCAGGAGGGAAAAUCCGCCCAUGGAGCCCGAGGAGGAGGAGUGGGAGAAUCGCAGCGGCCAUCGGUUAACGUGGAAACGGUAUCAUCCCUUCAAGGAUAUCGAGGGCUACGUCGACUACUUGGCCAACACCUAUCCCGAAAUCUGCCAAAUGGAAGUGAUUGGACAGAGCAGCGAAGGGAGGCCCUUAAAAGUACUCAAAAUCUCCACAGGUGGGAAGAAAAAACCCGCCGUGUGGAUAGACGGAGGAAUCCACGCCCGCGAAUGGAUUUCGCCGGCCACAGUGACCUAUCUGCUGCUGCAGUUGGUCGAAUUCCGACACGACCACCCGUCUCUGAUCGACGACCUUGACUGGUACGUCCUGCCGGUGGUCAACCCCGAUGGCUACGAAUAUUCGCACACCACCGAUCGUCUGUGGCGGAAAACGCGGUCGUCGUCGGCCGACGGCGGCUGCGUCGGUGUCGACGCCAACCGGAAUUUCGACGUGCAUUGGGCUCAAGUUGGAUCAUCGAUCAAUCCGUGCCGCGAAAUCUACGCCGGGUCUCGACCCUUCUCCGAACCCGAGACGAAAGCCGUGUCUGAUUUUAUUUUAUCGCACAAAGACGAAAUCAAAGUCUACCUCACAAUGCACUCGUACGGCCAAGUGUGGCUCGUGCCGUGGGGCUACAAGGCCGAAAAGCCGCAGGACUACUACGACAUGUAUGUGCUGGCAGAGCAGGGCGUCGAGGCGCUGGAAAGGGUCCGUGGCACCGACUACCUUCUGGGAACCGCCGACGAACUCAUUUACGUUUCCUCGGGUGGUUCUGACGACUGGGCGAAAGAGAAGGCCGGUAUCAAAUACGCCUACACAGUGGAACUUCCUGACACUGGCCGAUACGGUUUUGUGCUUCCGGCCUCAGAAAUCGAGCCUGUCGGCCAAGAAGUCUGGGAGGGCGUGAAAAGCAUGAUGCUCUAUUUUGUUCGCGAAAUCGGCAACAGCAGUUAGUUUUGAUCACAAAAACAGACUUUAUAUUAUUAUAUUUUGUUAAAUAUUGCCCAACUUCCUGGCAGAAUUGGGAAAUGUAUUUUGUAAAAUAUUUUCCCCAGGGCACGCAAGCAGGAAAAAACGUUAUCUAUAUAAAGGUCAUUCGCUUGUACAAAAGCUGCGUAUGUGUAAAUAUUACAUUUUUUUAAAUAAUAUAUAUUUCGCAACGUUGUAAUAAAUUUUUGUUAAAAACCAAUGCGAAUUUCCCUGGACCUAGUGCGGUGUGUUUCAUCUCGGUCGCAGCAUCCUGUCACUAUCCUUGAUAAUCGUUAAAAAUAAAAAUGUGGAAAUUUCAAAACCAUUGUCAAUUUUUGAAUACACCGACAUAGAAGCUUCAGAAAAUAUUGGUAUAUUUCAAAUUUAAAAUAAAAAGUAUUGGUUAAUUUGGAAAUGUUGAAAUGAGCUAAUUUGAACUUUCUCUCAUGUAACUACUUCCGAGGACAUAAAUCUAAAGAGAAAAAAACUUGUCUGGACACAUGUAAAAAAUGUAUUACGUCAAAGAAGAAAAAAUAUACCCGCAGCUAUAAUCACUCCGAAAGGCAAACAAAGUUUGUACAAAAAAAAUGCCAAACCUAAAAACCAGUUUGGCUCAAAGCAUGUGACGCCUGGAGCAACUUUUAAUGCGCCGUUAGCUUAAAGAUCAAAUUGCUAGCCUGUGAAAAACGGUCAAAUAGAUACAGUUAAAAAAAUUGAUGCUAAUUUGUGAAAAGUUUCUGCUAUUUUUCUACCCAAAUUGUAAAUCAUGGCUUACUUUAAUUAAUUGUACCAUAAGCCGAUGAAGGAU